ACUCGUCGUCCGGCGCGCGUCCGAAUCGUAGGAGUUGCUCUCCUCUUCCUUUUGUUAACCCGUUUCUCACAUACCAAAUUACAAAAUGUCUGGUCUUGGAGAUCCCGUUGCAUUCAUCAAGGAUUUCGUGGCUGGUGGUGUGGCCGCUGCCAUCUCGAAAACGGCAGUAGCGCCGAUCGAGCGGGUGAAGCUUUUGCUGCAGGUACAGCACAUCUCCAAGCAAAUCCCCGAGGAUCAGCGUUACAAGGGCAUGGUAGAUUGCUUUGUGCGCAUUCCAAAAGAACAGGGAUUUGCUAGCUACUGGCGUGGUAACUUGGCCAAUGUCAUCAGAUACUUCCCAACUCAAGCUUUGAACUUUGCUUUCAAAGACAAGUACAAGCAGGUUUUCCUUGGUGGUGUUGACAAAAACACUCAGUUUAUGCGCUACUUCCUUGGCAAUCUUGCCUCUGGUGGUGCUGCUGGUGCUACAUCUCUGUGCUUUGUCUACCCGCUUGACUUUGCCAGAACCAGGUUGGCUGCUGAUGUAGGCAAAGCUGGAGGUGAACGUGAAUUCUCAGGUCUUGGUAACUGCUUGACCAAAAUCUUCAAGGCUGAUGGUAUUGGUGGUCUAUACCGUGGUUUCGGGGUAUCCGUCCAGGGUAUCAUUAUUUAUCGUGCUGCCUACUUUGGUUUCUAUGAUACUGCCCGUGGUAUGCUGCCAGACCCCAAAAAGACUCCCUUCCUUGUCUCAUGGGGUAUCGCACAGGCUGUUACAACUGUUGCUGGUAUCGUGUCUUAUCCAUUUGACACAGUACGUAGGCGUAUGAUGAUGCAGUCUGGUCGCGCAAAAUCUGAAAUUUUGUACAAGAGCACCCUCCACUGCUGGGGCACCAUUUACAAGACAGAAGGUGGCGGUGCUUUCUUCAAGGGAGCGUUCUCCAACGUUCUCCGUGGUACAGGUGGUGCACUUGUGUUGGUACUUUAUGAUGAAAUUAAGAAUCUCCUCUAAAGUGUUAAAAUUAUUCUCACCUCAUUACCUUCACAAUCACAAUUGCAAGUACCAUCUUUAUUGCCCUCACCAUCCGACUUGAAAGCAGUUAUCAAACCGAGUGAUUUCCAGACUAAAACAGUACACAAACUGUUGAAAAAUUAAGAAACAGCUCAGACUGAGGUCUUCGGCCGUAACUCGUGAAAUACAUGAAACUCGGCAGAAUAUGUAUCUUGACUGUAGAAGAGAAUUCGCUUAAUUUAUUGCCGGAUUCAGUAUUUUCUUGCAGUGGCUCACAUGUGUUAUUUUCAUAUUCCAUUUUCAUAAAAUAAGAGGGAUUAAGAUAUAUUUAUGUAUAUCUGAGGAAUGAUGAGUAUGGAAUUAACAGCAUGAUGGGUAUAUGAAACGUUUGAUACAUGUGGCUACGUAGACGAUGGUUGAGACGCUAUGUAGUAAAAAUAAUUAUCUAAAAAAGAAAAAACGAACGUAUACAUACAUUUGAGCAAGAGGAGGACGUGCGACGAAAUAACAUUACGGCGAUGGCGGGGCGCGUAGACAUGGGCCGCCCCCGCCCUUAUUCUCGGCCCGUUGUAGAUAAUUAAUAAACGAUCAUGAUAUCAGUGAAGUUCAUCGAGUUUCUGUGAACAGUAAUUUAAUUUCGCACUACUGACAACUACGUGUAAGAUAAUGAGAAGCGUUACUUUGAGUGUAUGCAUCUGAUCUGUUCAUGUUAAGAUGCAUACGAGAAAAACAGCAGAAUCAAUAAAAAUGAUAAAAUUUCA